AUGGCGCAACAGCCUUUACCCACAUCGCAGGCGCCGACCGAUACUUACGGAGGAGAUGAGGUAUCCGCGAUUGUGCUCGACCCGGGAUACUGCCACACCCGCGCCGGCUUCGCAGGCGAAGACUCCCCCAAAUCCGUCCUCCCAUCCUUCUACAUCCACGACACGGAAGGCGACGCGAACUACUUCGGCGACGAGUACUUCGUCGCGCGCAAGAAGAUCGAGGUGCGGAACUACAUGAACAGGGACAGCGUCGUCGAGGACUGGGACGCCGCGACGCAGAUCUGGGAAAACAUCCUCGUCAACCGCCUCCACGCGCCGAAGCCCACGCCACCCUCUAAGAAUGGCCUGAACGACUAUAAAAACGGCGAUUCCGCCGACAAGGGCGAUCAAGCCGAUGUCAAGAAGGACAGCGAGGGAGACGUCUCCAUGGGGGAUGGCAAGGAAGAGGGUGGUAAGGGAGACGAGGAGAUCAAGGCCGAGGAGCAGGAGAAGCCGCUCGCCGAAAACCCCUUACUCAUGACCGAGGCGCCCUGGAACACACCCAAAGCGAGGGAAAAGGCCGUCGAGAUCAUCAUGGAAAACUGGGGUUGUCCUGCCUUUUGGCUCAGCCGCACCCCCGUCCUAGCCGCCUUCGCCGCCGGCAAGGCGAGCGCGCUCGUCGUCGACGUAGGCGGCGCCAACACCUCGGUGACGUGCAUCCACGAUGGCAUGGUCCUCAAGCGAUCUAUCCAGAGAUCCCCCGUCGGCGGGCUCUGGCUCUCGGCGCAGGUCCGCAGCAUGUUCGAUAAGAACGAACCCAAGGUCGACCUCGUCCCCACCUUCAUGGUGGAGAACAAGACGCCCGUCGACGCCGGCGCGCCCCCUCAGUUCAAGCAGCGCCAGUUCAAAUUCGACCUGCACCCUUCGUUCCGCGCCUGGGAGGAAGAGCGGCUCCUCACCGAGUUCAAAGAGUCCGUCGUCGAGACGUGGCGCGGCCCCGGGAAAUACACGGCGCCUGGCAACGAAGAGUUCAUCCGGAACCAGCCCGGCCGCGUCUUCGAGAUGCCCGACGGCUCAAACCAGAUGUGGCGCGAGCAGCGGUUCCGCGUGUCCGAGGGCAUGUGGGACGAGUCGGCUGCCUACGCUACCGCUGACGAGUUCCGGCUCUCCAAGGCCCAGACCAUCCCCGAGCUUAUUCGCGCGUCUCUCAAUGCCGUCGACGUCGACCUGCGGCCUAACCUCCUGCAGAACGUCGUCGUCACGGGCAGCACGAGCUUGAUCAACGGUUUCGGCGAUAGGCUUAAUAAUGAGCUGGCUACCAUGUAUCCCGGCACAAAGAUUAAGCUGCACGCUGCUGGUCUGUCAAGCGAACGCCGGUUCGGCGCUUGGAUUGGCGGUAGCAUCCUUGCGAGUUUGGGUACGUUCCACCAGAUGUGGAUCUCGAAGCAGGAGUAUGAGGAGAAUGGUCCGAACGUUGUUGAGAAGCGGUGCAAGUGA